AUGCGCUUCCAUGUCACCAGGAAGCAGCGCCUGGUCGCGACCAUCGCCAUCUCCGGCGGCUUCUUCGUCGCCGAGCUCGUCGUCGGAUUCCGCACAAAGUCGCUGGCCCUCAUUGCGGAUGCCUUUCACUACAUGAACGAUUUGAUAGGGUUUGCGGUUGCAUUGCUGGCAGUUACUUUGUCUGACCGGAAGUCCUCGCCCGAGACGUUGACUUUUGGUUGGAGACGCGCCCAAGUACUUGGCGCGUUCUUCAAUGGCGUAUUCUUGCUUGCCUUGGGAGUCAGCAUCUUUCUCCAAGCCGUCGAGCGAUUCGUCAACCUCACUUUCGUCGAAGAACCAGUUUUGAUUCUCAAAAUGGGCUGCAUUGGACUUGGCCUGAAUGUCCUCGUCAUGAGCUUUCUUCAUGAAAGCCAUCAUGGUCAUGAUCAUGCAAACGAGAAAGGGCAGAACGAUAGACAGCCCAUCGAAGAGCCCCUUGGUACAGGCGGGACGUCGUCAGUGAAUUCAAAGCAAGCGACUUCAGAUUCCAAGGAAGAGGAUAUUAAACACGGCCACCGCGGUCGAGAUCUCGGCAUGCUCGGCGUCAUGAUCCACGUCAUUGGAGAUGCCAUCAACAACGUGGGCGUCAUAGUGGCAGCCGUGGUCAUUUGGAAAGGUGAGGGGAACGGCCGAUUCUAUGCGGACCCCGGUGUCAGUCUCUUCAUCGCCCUGACCAUCAUGGGUUCCGCAUGGCCGCUCUGUAAAAGGGCUGGUCACAUCUUGCUAGAAAGCGCGCCACCUGAUCUUAGUUUGGACGAUGUCCGGGCCGAGAUAAUCAAGGUCUCUGGGGUCGAGUCAGUUGCGGAUCUCCUCGUAUGGAGGAUCGACCAAAGAACUAUGCUGGCUACUGCCCAUGUCAUUGUCACGGAUGACAGCGUCAACAACUUCAACUCAAAGGCGACAGCUAUUGGUGCAGGGCUACGGCCAUAUGGAAUCCAAUCCAUUGCUUUGCAACCUAUACGUCAGCGUCCAGUCACCCCGGCUGCGGUAGGACACGAGUCUGCAAGUGAUGUUUCGGAGGUGUCCAAGGCUACUUGA